GCAUGCGCAUAUCGACGAACAGCCCCACCCGGUGUCUGGCGGAAGUCCGACAUCCGGUACUUGCCCGUUCAAGAGGGCCGUUGCGCAAGCGCAAACAUUUCUUUGAAGCCAGUCCUAUGUCCAGUGACGACUGAAGACUGGCUUGCGGUCGCUUUUUUGUUCGCCCGCUGACCUCCCACCCCACCCACCAUAAGUUUCGAACGGGAUAGUCACUUCGUUAGCCCCUCACAUCCUACCCGUCACAGCCGCCUCACAGGCACGCGCGCUUUGCGGGCCCGGGGAGGGGAAGCGGGGUCCUGCGGUAACGUUUGCCUUCUCUUGCUUGCUCCCCGGCUGCCACACGCAUGCGCUGGCUUACUCGCGGUCCACCUUCACCACCGCGCUAACCCAGUCCUGUUCCCCAGAAUACAACGCACAAUUAGGGCAGCUGCAAGCCCUGUUCCUCGUCGAGGGGCCCCAGUCUGGCUUGACCCUUCUACCCUAUGCCGGAGCUCCUGGUAUGCCGCUGCAGCCCCCCGUAUCUGGCGCACACUGAUAGUGUGCGGGUUCUUGGAGGGGAGGGUAAGGUGUCCGGAGGAGAGACCCAAGGUCGCGCAGCUUUCAAGAUCCUAUGGAAAGUUGGUCAAGUUGUCCAGGACACUUUGGCCACUGGGGUUUGCUAUCAUGGCUCUCCUCCUGGAAAUUCUCCUUUUCUUUGUUCUUUGAGAUCCAGCAACCAGGACUCUGGUCGGGGCUAGCCCCAGGAUGGAGGCUCAGGCCUGGGAUGCUUGGCAAGGAGGAGUCUGUAAGACUGAUCCCUGGGGAGUCACCCUGGGCCCUGAUGAGAGGCCCAAGACAAAGCCAAGGCCCCUUGCAAAAGACAGCCGGGAGAUACCCUUCUCAGGAAGGAGACCAUUGUGGAAGGGAAGCUUCAGAGGCAAGAUGACUCCCCAGGGACCCCCACUUCCUUUCUAGUGUCCCACUUGGCCCAAGAUCUCCCUCAAGAAGCCCCUGUGUGUGACCAGUGUGGCAAGGUGCUUCUCUGGUGCUGCAUUUCUUAGUCGUGUACGAUCCAGUAGGCAACAGGCUGUACCAUUUCUACUCCAGAGAAGCUGUCGUUUCUCCUCUACAGAAGCCCCUGCAUGGGUGCCAGAAAGCGGCAAGGCCUUCAAGUGGAGCUCUAGCCUCGUGGAGUGAGUGGCCUGUGGCAACUCCAGAUCAUUCACUCUGGAGAGAGGCCCUCUGUAUGCCUCGAGAGGAAAGAUGUUUAAAAGAGCUGCUCCAGCAGCAGUGCGCUCACAGGCGUGAAAAGCCCUCUGUGUGGCCCAAUUGUGGCAAGGCCACGUUGAGCACCAGAGGACUCACGUCAGUGAAAAGCAGCACAGUUGCAGGAAGUCGAUGCAGCCUUCAGUGAGCAAUCUACUCAAGCCCCGGUGCACCCAUGCCAGCUCUGAGUAUGGCACAGCCUUUUGUGGUAGCUCUGAGCUGCAGCAGCAUCAGAACCACUCUCUGGAGAGAAGCCCUUCAUCUGUGGUGACUGUGGCAAGGUCUCUGUGCACAACUCGGAGCUCAGGAGCCAGCAGCAGAUACACACAGUUACGCCUGCCACAGUUGCCAUGACUACCAAGAGGCUUGUGAUUGGCGAAGACGACUUCCCUAACGUCUUUCCGUCAUUGUCGGAGCGGACGCAACCGGACUACACUUCCCAGCAGUCCCCGCGUGGACUGCCGCCCGUCCUUGCGGCUGUCCGGUCUUCUCAGUGCCGCGGUGUCCCGGAGGAGGCGAAAGGCUCCGCGCUGCGUGCGGGGCGGGGACCAGGAGACCCCCGCGGGCCACCUGUACCGAAUCCAGCAACCAGGACUCGGAAUUGGGGCCAGCCCCAGGAUGGAGGUUUGGGCCAGGGAUGUGGGUCAGGGAAGAGUCCCUGAGGCUGAUCCCCAGGGAACCACCAUGGACCCCGAGGAGAGGCCCAAGAUGGAGUCAAGGACCCUUACAGAGGACAGAGCUGAUCACCCCUCGCAGAAGGGAAAUCUGUGUGGAGGGGCGGCUGGCGGCAGGACGAUCCCCCCUGGCGCUUGUUCUCAGGGCUGCGUUCUAGGCGUGAGCCCCAGCCCUGGAGCGGGACUGCUAGUGUGGGAGCCGCGUACCCCUUCCUCCUCUCAGGACCUGGACCUGGCCACCUCCCAGGGGCCGCACACUGUGGAUGGCCCCUGUCGGUGCCUGGCUGGUGCCAGUGCCUACAGCCAAAGCUUCUACCCGACGUGGCAUCUCAGAGCCCUCCGUGGGGAGAAGACUGUAGCAUGUGACCACUGCGGUGUCCAAGGCGUUCUUUGGAGCUGUCCUCGGGGUCAGCCGCGUGGGGUCCUCACAGACAACCGGCCAGGCAAACAAGGGAUGGGUGUCCAGACCUUCCCCGGGACCCUGCAGCUGAGUCCCCCCUAGCGGAGCCCCUCUUUGGAGCAGCCCCAGGCAUGCGAGUUAGGGGAGUGCAGUGACGUCUGUGCCUGGAGGGCUCCUCUGGCCCCACAGGAGCGGAUGCAGGCGGCAAGAGAGCCCCGCCCGUGUGGCCGGUGUGGGAAGCACCUCGGCCUCUCCAGGCAGCAGCAGCAGCAGGGUAGCCCUACAGGUGAGGGCUCUCCGACGGGUCCCGAGUGCAGUCAGGCCACAGGUCCUCCCGCCAGUGCCGUGGACCCCGCAGCCCAGCGGCUGUACACGUGUGACGAUUGUGGCAAGGCCUUCACCCGCACCUCAAGCCUGUUGCAGCAUGAGCGCAUCCACACGGGCGAGCGGCCCUACGAGUGUGCCGAGUGCGGCAAGGCCUUUGUGCGCUGCUCCGGCCUCUACCGUCACCAAAAGACGCACUCGUCAGAGCGGCAGCGCGGCGGCCCAGUCCCGGCUCAGAGUACCUUCCUGCUGGAGCGCUCAGCCUGCAGGGACUGGGAUGAGGGGUGCCCAGGGAUCCUGCAGGUGCCAGCCCUCUAUGAGGAGAAGCCGUACAAGUGUACUGAGUGUGCCAAGGCCUUCGGCCUCUUCUCGCAUCUCGUGGGGCACCGGCGUGUGCACACGGGUGAGAAGCCUUACACGUGUCCCGAGUGCGGCAAGGCCUUCAACCAGCGCUCAAACCUGAGCCGCCACCAGCGCACGCACAGCAGCGCCAAGCCCUACGCGUGCCUGCUGUGUGAGAAGGCCUUCAAGGGCCGCUCGGGCCUGGUGCAGCACCAGCGCGCGCACACCGGAGAACGGCCCUACGGCUGCCCAGAGUGCGGCAAGACCUUUCGUGGCUGCUCUGAGCUGCGCCAGCACGAGCGCCUGCACUCGGGCGAGAAGCCCUACAUCUGCCUCAAUUGCGGCAAGGCCUUCGUGCGCAACUGCAGCCUGGUGCGCCACCUGCGCACGCACACGGGCGAGCGGCCCUACGCGUGUGGCGUGUGCGGCCGCGCUUUCAGCCAGCGCUCCAACCUCAGCGAGCACCAGAAGCGGCACGCAGCCCCCGCUGCGCCCUGACUCGCUGGGGAGAACCGGUGGGUGGGUGCCGGUGGGAGGCUACGGUGCCAGCACUGUGUGUCCUGCCAUGUCCCCCAGGGUGAGGAGAGGCCAGCCUCCCGGAAACCUCACAAACCACAAAUGUUUGUAACUGUUAUUAAACCUCAUUUUGUAUACGUGGCGUUCACAGGUUUCCUGCUUGUGGCUCCUGCUCCACAUAUGUGUCUGACCCCUUUCCACCCGAGCCUCAGCGUCCGUUCUAGAUGAAGCAAUGAUAAUCUCGUGUAUGGAGCGCUGACUUAGGCCAGCGCUUUGUUCACAUUUCAGGAGUUUUCUUUUCAGUGGACAUUCCUGUGCCUGCUGGUCCGCUGGUCCACUGGGGAGAGAGGUGAAGUGACUCCACAGGGGCUUGGCCAGAUAACAGAGGCACAAUUUCAACCUAGAAUCUCUCACUGUCCUUAGUGGCUUCAGUAGCCCUUGGUGGCCUCAGGGUCUUCUCACACCUUCUCUUGUAGUCAGGCCCCUGACUCCUCCCUUAGGUCUCCGAGAGGCCUCCUCUGGCCUCCCCAGACCUGGAGGGAAGGACCCAGCACAGCUCGUGACUCUUCCCGGGGCUAAAGGUGGUGGUAUGCCUGGGUUCUAACCAUGGAAAGGGCUCCCUUUCUAGGGGAGCGAGAUUCCCAGGCAACCCGAGCCCGUCUGUGUUUGGUGGGUGAAGGCAGCUGCAAGUUACUUUGGAUCCUGGCCUUUGGAAUUCCAGGCCAAAUCACACAUCCCAGAAGCCUCUGCGGUCUGAGAAGAAGCAAAGACAAAGACAGACCCAGAGGCCACCGCAGAGGUGCUGUGAGGUGCCGCCAGGCUCCUAGAGCGGCAUGUUGCCCAGAUUUUUAUAUAUCUACAGUAUUAAUCAUGGCCACCCUCUGUGUUACAAAGUAGAACCUUCCCACAGGGAAGUAUGAAAGUAGUUGACCAAGCAUUUAUUCUGAUGAGUAGCUGGGUGGGUUCAAACUGCCAACCUUUAGAUUAGUAGCCCCACCAAGACUGAGUUGGAAUCAACUCCACGGCAAUGAAAUACUAUUAAUAUGAUUCUAAUUUCAACCCUCCCCCCGCACUCCAUUCUCCACACCCAUCACCAAAGGGAUACUCUCACACUCCCCACUCCAGAAACCAAGUUUGUGGCACUUAAUACAUACCAGACCUGUGCUAAGCACUCUGCGUCCCAUUUGAUCCUCACUCUGUGUGGAUUGGGACGACUCUUACCCCAUAUUAUGGUCAUUCAGAGAGGCUCAGCCAGAGCUGCACAGGGAGCCCAGGGCCUAGGCCCUCAAUCCCUCCAGCAGAGUUCCCAGAGUGUGGCCUAAGACUCUGCAGCAAUACCCUGCCAGUCGGCCUUCCGGGGCUCCAGGGUCCUGCCUCCACCCCUUCCAAUGCUGCCUCCACCCUCUGGGCCUCCAUCAUGAUGGCAUGGUCCCCCCCACCCACCAACCCACAGCAAGUGGGCAGUAUGAUGGGUGGAAGGAAGAAAAACUCAGAGCCCCAAGUAUUCUAAAGAAGCAAAUGUGUGCAGGUUUAAUCAGCAAAAUGUUUCCAACUGGAUUUGGAGCCUGGGAGAGGGCCCUUGUGAAGCUCCCUUUGCUUUGUGACUCCUGUCCCUGAGGUCCUGACUCCUUUGGAGGAAAAGAUGCGUGGGUCCUGUGGGGUAAGGUGUCUUGUAGGGGGUGAGCAUUCCUGGGGACAGCUAGCAGGAGACCAUUGGAGCUCUUUGUUAAAUGCCUACUGUGUACCAGACUUGGCCCUAGGUUUUACAUUUCCUGUGCUCAGUGAUCCUCAAAGUGCUUCAGAGAUGAGCGUCAUUGUAUGUCGCAGAUGUAGCAGGUGUCCACUUCAUCUGCCCUGGCCAAGUUCACACCAGGGAACGUCCCUCCACCCUCACCCCUGGUCCAGCUACCAUCAUCACUCACCUGGACAAUUGCAGUGACCUGUGUCUGGCUCCAUACCCCCAGUCUACUCCCCACACGGUAGGCGGGGUGGGAGGGGGCAUCUGUAAAGUCGCGAUCAGAUCAUGUCCCUCUACUUUCCUUUCACACAAUAAAAUAUCAAGUCCUCACUGUGCCCUUCAAGUCCCUUCAUGGCUGGGCCCCAUUACCUCUCUGACAUUAUCUCGCACCCUCAUGCUUUCCCCAUGCCCAGCCUCCCUGCUCUUCAGUUUUGUAGCCACUACAUAGUCAGGAUGGACUUCCACCCUGAAUUUGGUUCAGAUGUCAACACAUGCAUACUAAGAGGGUAUAAAAAGGUUUAUUACUUACAAAAUGAGGCUUCCUUGGGAAAGCAGGGCAGGCCUCCCAAUCUGAUCCAAAAAUGGCUUGAGAAAGCAAGGAAAGGAGACUGGCUUGGGGUUUUUAUGGUGUUUGGGGGUGGGGCCAGAGUGACAGUUCCUGUGUGGUUUGAAACUCCCUUCUGUGCUGAAGGAGGGAGCACUCCUGCUCUCUUACCGGCUUGCCCAGAUGUGGGGCGAAAAGGGAGGAGUUAAGUUUAAAAGCUGUCAGCAGUCAAACAUCAAAAAAUGGAGUUAGAAUAUUCCACUUAGGCACACCAGGCAGAUUCAUAUGUGUUGUUCCCUCAGCCUGCCACACUGUGGCACCUGGUGUUUGCUCACCUCUUUCAGGUCUCUCUGCCCAAAUGAUUCUUUCUCUGAGAGGCCUUCAUUGACUGCCCUAACCUUCCUACACCCCGCAUGUGGCUUUGUUCCUUUUUUUUUUUUUUUUGUCGCUAGCGUUCACCAACACCUGACAUGAUGAUAUGUUUAUUCGUGGUCUCUCCCUUACCGGCAAUAUCCUUAAGUAUGGGGCAAUGUCUGUCUUGCUCACGGCUGUGUCCCUAGCAUUCAGGGCAGCUCUGGACCCAUAGCAGGUGCUCAGUAAAUGAUGAACAACUGAACAAAUGAAUCUGGAAACAGAAAGAUCUUGGCACCACUGGGCUGUGGCAUCCCUGUCUGUCAUGAGGAUCGUCUAUUCACUUACACAAGUGUUUGGUCCAGUUGCAAACAUCUCUAAAACGUAGUGGCUUAGAGUAAUAAAAAGUACUUAAUAUCCUCACAGUUUAUGUGGGUCAAGAAUUUGGGAGCAGCUGAACUGGUUUGUUCUAAUUUAGGGUCUCUCAUGAGGUUGUGUUCAAGCUGUAGGCCAGGACAGCAGUCAUCUGAAGGCAUGACUGGAGCUGGAGGAUCCACUUCCAAGAUGGUUGACUUGUCUUUUAUCUUGCAACACCACUUCUAUUGGGUGUUCAAUCCCUGCCAGGCACAGUGCCAGCCACCCUUAUGUGUGCAGUGACUGUACAGGAAGGUGUUGGCAGACAGCUUGUCCUUCAUCAAGCACCACCAGAUGAAUACUAGAGAGUGGCUCUAUAGAUGUGGAGACUUGCCAUCAGACCUUCAGGCAGAGCAAGUCCUUCUUCUGGCACUCAGAGUCUGUCCUGGAGAAUGGCCCUCUGUAUUAGCUGACCAUAGCUGCUUAUACAUUAGCUCAAAACUGAGUGGUUUAAAACAACAAAAACAUCUAUCAUUUUACACAGUUUCUUGUGGGUGAAGAAUUCAGGAGCAGCUUGGCUGAGAGGUUCUAGCUCCAGAACUCUUAUGAGAUUGCAACCAAGAUGUUGGCUAGGCAGCAGUCAUUUGAAUUUGUUAACAGAUGCAAAACUGGUGGAUACCCACAAAGCAAUAAUCAAUUGCAUCUCUACCAGACAGCACUUAUUUGCAUUUGUAUGGAUAAAAAUCUUUUGCAUUACUAUCAGCUUUCUAAGACUACACAGUUGGAAAAUGGCUGAAAAACAAUGAAAUUCUUAGAUAACCCAGAAGGGUGAGCUGGACAGCAAACCCAACGUGGUGCCCUGAAUUACUUAAUAUGGGCCUUCUAGCUAAAGUCUUUGCAAAAAAACCAAAAAAAAGGUGUUUUUUUUUUUGCAAAGAUCUGCCAAAUGACUGUGGGGGUAU